UCUCAGCUAAAGAGCGUGACAACAACUACUAAACACCAUUUCCAUAAAUCCGAAGAGAGAAAGAGAAAGAGAGAAGGACAAGAUCGGGAAAAAUGGCGUCAUGGAUUAAACCGGUGCUAAUCUCUACAGGAGUCGUAGCUGUAGCUAUGCAACUAAAAAUCAUUGUCCCUGUUGUGGCACUAGAUUUCUCUCGAGCUCCCAUCCUUUUCGGUUCCUUUCUCUCAUGGCUGAAACCACCAUACCUCUACGUCAUCACCAACGUCAUCAUCGCCAUGAUCGGGUUCUCAUCCAUAUAUCACCGGAUCAUCACAAACCCCGAGGUCAAAGACCACGGGGGCUCAUACGGCGGCGACCAUAAGUUUCAGAACGAGCAGAACGUCCACCGAGCUCAACCGCAGCGAUCUGAAGAUUUCAGUUUUAUCGCCGUAACUCCGCCGUCAAAGACCAUAGUUAAGGAGAUCGAGAGACCGGAGGUGUUUACCGAGAAGCUAGCAGAAGCAGCCGCAAAAGUAGAGGAGGAGAAGAAGUGUUUAGUAGUGGUGGCCAAACCGGAAAAUCAGACUCCGGUCGAGAAGCCUCUUGUUUCGGCUAGGAUCGGCCAACGGAAACUGGUCAAGACCACCACGGCAGAACGAAAAUCUUUGAAAGCGUUGAGAGUGGCGAAGCCAAAGCGGCAAGAGACUCUUGAGAGUACGUGGAAGAUGAUAACGGAAGGGAAGCCGUUGACUAGCUAUUACCGGAGACCAGACACGUUCGGCCUUGGCGUAGAAGAUUCCAACAAGACAAAACAGUCCGGUUUAAAGAAAGCCGAGACGUUUAGCGAUCGGACCAAGUAUUACCUCUCACCGGCCGUGUCCCGGAGUCGAAACGAGCUGAAUAUAAGAGCAGAAGCGUUUAUAAAAAAGUGCAACGACGAAAGGUUCGAGUCGAUGAGACAUGACACAGAAAUGACUCGUCGUGGUCUUUCGUUUUAGUUUUAGUUAUGUUUUUUUGCUUUUGUUUUGUCUAUUUUCUUUUGUGUAUUUUAGUUUCGAUUGCAUUUUCUAGAAGCUAUUAAGUAAUAACAAAAGGAAAUGACAAAUGUGGGAAGUCAUGGAUAAAAAAAAGCAUCCUGAUUGGCUUAGUUUAGCUUAGUUGUAUCGCAUCUUUCAUUUACGAAUGUAAAGUCAUGUAAAAGGCAUCAAAUAUAUUUUCCGCUAAA